UUUCUAGGGUCAAGAGCUGUCAGGGGCAAGGUUCCUACUGCUGCUGGUGCAUUGCAUGAGAUGGGAGCUGAGCAAGGGGCCAGGCUGCAGCCAAUAAGAAAGACCGGGAAGAAGAGAGCGGUGGGUGCAGAUGACUGGCAGGCCUGGACGGCAUAUCAUUCAAACUGCUGUGCUGAACUGGUCAGGAGGGUGCAGCAAUGGCCAGGCUUGCAGAGAUGUGCCGUGCAGUUGCUGGACCACAGAGGCCACCAGCGAGGCUGAGGCAUGGUGAGGCAGGCUGUGGAGAUGCUGCUGGAGAGGGAAACGUAGCAGUCUCAUAACAAUCCUUACCCAGGAGUGCUGACCAUCCUAAAGAGUAAUCAUCAGGCGCCGUUUGGAGAGCGACAGCAGAACCGGUUUCGUGGAGGAUUUCGCUCUGCGAUCUCUCAGCCCGGAGUGAGCAGGUCAGGAUCGGUCCUUGGGCAACGCUGCCGGAGACGCCGGCAGGGGUCGAGCUGGGAGGGGAGCGAGGGGCUCUUGUGCUUUCAGGCCUGUGGCCCGCGUCCAGAGAAAGUGCGACGCAUCAAGACGGAGCCGACAGGACCCUGCCCUUGGCGUGAGGGGCUGAGUAACGCUCCCUGCAGUCAUGUGUGUAGGGUGCAGGAGCUGGGCAUGCUCUGGAUGCCACCCCCUGCUGAGGCCAUGAUGAGAAAUGUUUCUCCUUGAACUCUGCAUGUUUUAUCUCCAAUCCAGAACAUCAUUUCUCACACUGGUGUCGUACCUCUUCCCAAAGCUGUUGGGUGGCAGGAAAGGGCCAGGAAGAGAAGAUCAGGGAAGAAGAGGGGUCCUGGCAUGGGCAAACAGAGAGGGGAAUGGGCGGUGGGGAGGAGAGGUGUAGUUUUGUUUUGGGGGAAGAGGCUGUGCACAAGGAUGGCUUCCAACAGGAUGGCAUAGUCCCUUUCAGGGGUAGGCGUCCCCCCAUCGGCGGCAGCGACUGCAGCUUGAGGCGGCGAGGGACAUCCAUCGGAGGAGAGGCAGGAGACCUUAGUCCAGAGCCGGAGGGAGGAGUGCGGCGUCACCAGGGCCUGUGAGCACCCGCCCAGCAGCGCUCCAUCCCCCAGGGCAGGAUGGACAGGCUGCGGCAGGUGCUCAGGAGGAGGUCGGCCAAGGUGCUCUCCAUGGGAGAGGAGAGCAGCAGGGAGCCUGGGCAGGAGGAGCGGGGCCCCACCUGCCGUGAUGAGGAGGGGCCCAUCAGGGCAAGGAGGUGGCUGUGCCCCAUCUGCUGCCGAAGUAAACUGGCAGCUCCCAGCGGCAGGGGAAAGGAGGGAAAGAAAUCAGCCACCUCCAAGUCCAGAUGGAGGUGGCCAUGGGUGCGCCUGGGCAGGCGGGAGCCAGCGGCAUCACAGCUCCCGGCACCUGAAGAGCCGUGCAGCUCCCCUCCUGGGUCAUGGGGCAGCCUGGAGCCCGGCCCUGCAGCCCCGCAGCAGGAGGCAGCCCCGUGCCAAGCCGGGGACGAGGGCCCAGCUGCCCUGGGGCAGGAGCUGAGCCAGGCCCACAGCAGCCCCUGCCUGAGCCGCAGCUCCUCCUGGGAUGGCUGGCACACGUCCCAGGAGUCCGGGAGCACCAGCCCCAGCACCAGCUCCUCCUCCUCCUCCUCCUCGGACUCUGAAAAGUCCCAAGAGGCCCAAAGCACCAGCACGAGCACGAGCAGCAGCUCCUCCUCGGAGGACAGCGAUAGCUCGGAGGAGUCCAACACCACCAGUUCGACCAGCAGCUCCUCCUCGGAGGACUCCAGUAGCUCCCUGGAGUCUGGGACCAGCCCGGCCCCCGGUGCCACCUGCACAGUGAUUCCCAGCCCAGCCGGCGAGGAGCUGGAGGAAGAGGAGGAGGAAGAGGAGGAGGAGGAGGAAGAUGGAAGGUCCCCGGAAGAAGCUGCCCUCCUCCUUGUGAAGAAACACCUGCAGGACCCCGGGGAGAUGCUGGACGGGAAGGACAGGCAGCGCUUCCUGCUGGCCAUCAUCAGCCUGACCAUCGCCGCGGACCAGAGCAGAGAGGUGGCUGUGGAGCUGGAGGACCUGAAAGCGGCCGUGCUGGAGAGGAUCGUGGACCUGAUGGAGACCAUCUCAGUGGAGGGCGACCGAAAACACAUCCUGGCGUACAGCAUAGACGCCAUCCGCUGCCUCAGCGACCCGAAGCUCAGCCUGGAGCCAGCGCUGGAGUCGCGCCUCCUGCGGGCCGCCGUGGAGAAGAGCUUCCUGGCCAUAGGGCGUGAAACCCAUCGAAACCAGGUCGUGCAGCGACUGUACGAGGAGUACCUGGAGGGCCUGCUGUGCUGCGUCUUGUCCAGCGCCCCCAGCCUGGGCAAGCUCUACUCCAUCUGGGAGCACUUUACAUCGUGGACUGAGGCGCCGGAUGCCCAGCACCGUGCACUGGGCAUGAAGAUCAUGACCGGCGCCAUUGCCUUUGCUGUGCAGCUCCUCCCACAAUUUGAGGGCUCCCCUGACAUACUGGAGGUGGGGGACAUGGCAGCCCGCCUGGGUCUGUCCAUCAACGACCCGGAGGAGACCAUCAGCUGCAAGGCCAGGGCGUGCAUCUAUUUGCUCGCUCAAAUCCUCCUUCAUCAGAGGGGCCAAGACAUGCGAGGGGCAGAGGAGCUGCGGUGCAAGCGCCAGAACGAUCAGAGCCAGGUCCAGAAGUACAGGGACCUGGCGAGAGUGGGAGAGGGGCUGAGAAAGAUCUUGCUGGAGGAGCAAAGGAGAGCUUUCCUGCAGAGGGCCCUUCAUGCAGUUCGCAAUGGACCGAUGCACAUCAGCCAAGCUGGGCUGGUUUUCCUGUAUGCAAUCUUGGGGGAAGCCGGCCGCUUGAUGGGGCACAAGGAGAAAGAAAUCCCCAUCAGGGUCCUGAAUAAGGUCUUCAUUAUCACCUACCUGAAGGAGCUGCCUAAAGAUCUGCAAGGGCACAGCCUGCUGGUCACCUCCUCCAGCGCCAUCGCCUCUCUCCAGCCGCCCACACUUGCUCCUGCAGCAACACCUGCAGACCACCUCAACCCUGACAGCACCUCCAUGAGAGAAGAUGACCUCCCCAACCUCACCGGGAGCCUGAUGGCUACAGAGAAAAGCUGCAACAGCGCUGAAGCCACCACACACGUCACCGACUGACAAGUCAUCAUCCAGUCUGAGCUGUCCGCCACAGCCAAGUCAGCCUCUGCAAGAGGAGCAGCCUGAGAAACCCUCGUGGUGAAGAACUUGAAUAUCUUCCAGACCAGCUCUGCAAAGGGCUGGGGAAAGACCAGGCACCAUGAGUUUGUAGUGCCCAGGUUGCCAAGUGGAGGAUGCUCUUGUUGUGUGGAUGGCAUUUUGUGACCCCUGCCUCAGGGCUUUGGCCGGUCGCCAUUUGGGGCCAGGAAGGAAUUUUUUCCCCCUUCAUUUAUGGAACCAACUUCGGGGGGUUUUUCGCCUUCCUCUGAGGCAUCGGGACAUAAUCAGACCAUCCCGGCGUCUGUUGUGUUAGUAGCCUGUCCUUGAAUCCAUCGAGAGCCAUUCAGGGAGUGAAGAGAGCAAAGGCAUAAACCAUGUGCACUGUUGAACAUAGAUUUAGUGUAAUGUGUCAUGUUGAACAUAGAUGUUAUAGAAACUAAGAGGAGAUGUAGGAUAAUAAAGUUAAGCUUUAGUUUUCUUUUCUUAUAA